AUGGCGUCGCCGCCAACCGUGGCGCGGCGGAGGCAGCUGGCGGCGGAGGGCGCACCGGCGGUGGAGUGGGCGGCGGUGUUCGGGCCGGGGGCGUGCCGGGUGGAGGAGGUCGGGAAGCACCAGCUGAUGCGGCGGACGGGCCUCCCGCCGCGCGACCUCCGCGCGCUCGACCCGGCGAUGGCGGCGUCGUACCCGGCCGCCAUCACGGGGCGGGAGCGCGCCGUCGUCGUCAACCUGGAGCGCGCCCGCGCCGUCAUCACGGCGUCCGAGGUGCUCGUCCCGGCGCCGCGCGACCCCGCCGUCGCGCCGCUCGUACGGGAGCUCCGCUCCCGCCUCGCCUCCACCCACGCCACCGCAUCCCCGCCCUCGCCGUCUGCCUCGCCGCCACCACAGCCGCAGGGCGCCGUGGUGGGGAUGGACGGGAGCGUCUCGCCGUCGAGCCACGGCGGCGGGGAAGGCAUUGGCAAGGGCUGGCAAGCUCUGGGAGGCGACAAGGCUCUGCCUUUUGAGUUCAGAGCGCUCGAGGUCUGCCUCGAGUUCGCCUGCAAGUCGCUGGAACACGAGACUUCCACAUUGGAGAAAGAGGCAUACCCAGCCUUAGAUGAACUCACCUCCAAGGUCAGCACUCUCAAUCUUGAGCGUGCGAGGCAGAUAAAGAGUCGGCUGGUCGAUAUAUCCGGGAGAGUUCAAAAGGUCAGGGAUGAGCUAGAGCACUUGCUGGACCACGACAUGGACAUGGCGGCACUGCACUUAACUGAGAAGCUCGCUUGCUACCAAUCAGCUGGCCAGUCAUCGAGAUUUGACGUGGAGAAGGAAGCAAGCGAGCUCGAAGAGAGGAGCAUCAAGGAGGAGGAGGAGGAAGAAGCGGAGGAAGGCGGCGCCGGCGGCUUCAGCCCCAACACCGACGAGCUGGAGAUCCUGCUCGAGUCCUUCUUCGUGCAGAUCGAGGGCACCCUCAACAAGCUCUCCACCCUGCGGGAGUACGUGGACGACACGGAGGACUACAUCAACAUGAUGCUGGACGACAAGCAGAACCAGCUGCUUGAGAUGGGCAUCCUGCUGUCGACGGCCACGCUGGUGCUCACCUGCGGCAUCACCGUAACGGGGUUCCUCGCGCUGAACAUCCACAUCCCGCUCUACGACACCCCGCCCGGCGCCACCUUCUGGCGAGCCACCGGCGGCAUCGUCGGCGGCAGCGUCGCGCUCUUCCUCGCCGCGGUCCUCUGCUACAAGCGCAGCGGCAUCUUGCCGUGACCCAGCUGACCGCCGUCUCUCGCCGUCGCAUAUACCAUUAUUAUUAACUGUGACCCCGCGAGCAUAGAGUGAUUAGUAAGUAAUUAUACUUGUGAUAU